GACAAAAUGACCCGCCAGUGGCAGCAACUGGCAGCGGCACCCUCAGCACUGGAGCUUUACUAUCAUUAAAAUACACAUCAGCACCGAGCCACCACAAGAUACUGGAGUAAGUCCAAGAUGGCCACCUUCGUGCAUCCACUCUUGGUAAGCUUCUCCCUGGCCAUUUUCCUAGGGUUGACCUCUCUGGGCGGACUGAACUCUUGGCAGUCAGGUCAGGCUUUGGCCCAGUUCUUUUCCAACAACGAGACAACCGACCCUUCUAUGAUACCAGAGGCCGCGCUUGCAACACCCACACCAGAUGCCCCCCCAGAGGACAAAACAGCUCCAACUAGCGGUAACCGUUGCUGGGGUUACUACGACGUCAUGGGCCAGUGGGACCCGCCCUUCAACUGUAAUGCAGGUAUUUACCUGUUCUGUUGUGGCUCCUGCUUCUAUCGCUUCUGCUGCCAGUUCAAAAUCCACAGUUUGGACCAGACUUCCUGUUCCAACUAUGACACACCCGUCUGGGCAAACACCGGGGGGCCAGCGGCAACCGUCACAGAGGUCCAAGAGGAACCGGACAAGGAUCGGACCCACAUGAUCGUGUAUAUUAUCUGUGGAGUGGUGGCCAUCAUGGUGUUGGUCGGGAUUUUCACCAAGCUCGGGCUGGAGAAGAGUCAAGGAGGACAGACGGAUAUGACCAACUCCAGGACUCUGACGGAGCUUAUGAAGCAGCCAGGGGAGGCAGCAAUGGUGGAUGGAACCGGCGUUCAUCAUCCUAUAGGGACUAACGGCAUCUCCGCCAGGUCACUACGCUCCAACAAUGAUCAUAACCAUUUGAACAACGCAGCCUUGUCUCCCCUGGGUCCAGCCAUGGCCUUGUCUCACCCUCACAACAACCUGGGAAUAGGCUUCAACAAGUACACCUCGCUCAAGGCCGUGGACACGGCUGCAAGAGACUACUACAAGAGCUACCCGAUGGUAGAUUACACCCACCGCCAGUCCCCUCCCACUUUCCAGCCAAUCAACUUCCACCCCAAGGACAAGCCCUUCCUACCGCCGCCCGACAUCCACGCGCCACUUGCGAUUACCAUCAACACCUCCCAGAUCCCCAAGCCUAAGAUCUCCAAGACCAACACCCAUCCGCUCACCUCCAGCUCGGCCUUCAAAGCAUGGGACCCCAGUAAGAGCCACAUCCAGCACCCAGUGGCCACCCACAUGGUCCUCCAGGGGCAGCAGCACCACCCCAUCCAGCAGCAACAGCAGCAGCAGCAGUUCAGCAUCGAGACGCUGCCCGAGCUCUUCUCGCAGCCGCUGGGCUACGGCCACUCGCCGCACGUGCACCCCAAGCACAAGGGACUACCCACCAACAGCAAGACGGAGGUCACUGUCUGA